GGCACAUUUACGAGAAGUAGUGCUCCGAUCCCUGCGCUCGCCAGGUUUACUCGUCACAGCGUCUUAGUCUUAGUUGAGUCAGGUCCAGGUCUAGCACGCGUCAGCUAAUCAACAAUCAAUCCACCUUACACUCGCCGCCAAGUUUAACGCCUCUCGUGGCUCGAUGGCGUCGUCAGUGCUGACCCUGGAGCAGCUCCCAGACGACGUUCUCGUGUUGGCGAUGCAGUUCGUGUCCGUGGAGGAUGUACUCUCCUGGCGCCUCGUGUGCAAGAGGCUCUGCGACCUGGCCCUACACCGGGACGUCUGGCGCCACCGAUCGCUCCGGGACGACGAGCCGUGCGCGGACGCGGUGCUGCACCUGGCCCCGUGCCUCGACAAGCUGAAGGUCACGGGCCCAGACCCGAGCCUGGCGGUCACCACGACCCGGUGCGCCGUGGCGUGUUUGGAUCUGCGCAAGGCUGGCUACGGCCCCUUUAACGCCGCGGAGUACGCCCUGGCCGUGCGCAACCAAGAGCACCUCGGGCGCCUCAGGAGGCUUGUCCUUGGUGUGGAAAUGAACCCCUUGGAGGAGCCGACAGCCGACGUGCUGUUCUGGACUGUUGCCUCGUGUUCCGGCCUGGACCGGCUCGAGGUACUUUACGCACCGCCCAUCAUCAACCAGCCCGUCGUACAUGGGCCGCCUAGCUCGUCGCUAAAGGUUUUCAAGUGCGUGGCGUGCAUCGAAACGGUAUCUCUUGUGAACACCGUACUGGCCGGGCACGCGGCUACACUGGAGGAGGUUGAGAUCUACACAGAUUUAGACUUGUGGGAGACCACGACGGCGGACCUGUUGGCCGCGAUGCCGAGACUCCGAAGUUUGCGAUGCGACUGUUCGAUUGGCGGGUUAGAGAAGGUGGCGGAGUGCAAAACGCUCAGAGACUUGGACAUUUGCCUGAACGGCUGCACAGGUGAUGUCGACAAUGCUGCGAAACUCCUCCGCCGAGCCAACCAAUUGCGACAUGUCCUCCUGGAUAACGCUGCUUGGGAUGAUCCCAUCGUCGAGUCCUGGCCGGUGUUGGCCGAGGCUUUGGCUUGGUCCGGGCGGUUCCCAUUGGAGCGGCUGGCCCUGAAGGGGUUCGAGGAGGUGGAGUUGCUGGGGCCGCUGAUCCGCGCUCUGCCCUCGCUGCCCGCCCUGCGCUUCCUGUACUUGGAUACUGAGCCCGUCGACGAGCUGCUCAAGAGCAUCAGCCCCGCCAUGGCCCCGGCCCUGAGGCUGCUGAGGUUUCCGAUCAGGAGAGAGAAGUGUCCGCACGCCUGGAUACAUAGGACCGCGCUCAAGACCACGCUGCUGGCGAACCCCCUGCUCCACAUCCAGCUAUGGGGCAACAUUUUCCACAGCAGGUCCCAAGAUUGCGCGAUGUGUGUGGGGGACUGCGACCGCCAUCAAGGUGUAGAGUGGCACAACACGAGGUAUAUGGGGUUCUACUCGCAUGACCCUGACACUUGCCCCUGUCCAGAGGAUCACAGUGACCACACCGAUUGGAAAGGGUCCUCCUCACGUGCCAAUAAUUUUACGUGUACUUGGAUCCAUAUGAAAUGUAAUUGUACUUAACUAUUGUGGAUGCUCCCAACAUUUUUUCUGUCAGACAUAUUAAACAGGGCAAUGCCUUUAGCAUUAUUCGUGCGAUAGGUUUCUGAAACGGCGAAUGAAUGAUGAUAAAUCUUUGGUUCUGAUGAAAGAGAUGCUCCAC